AUGCAUCCCUCUCCCCAACUCCUCGCACUCGCUGCAUCUGCUCUCCUCUCAUCCACCACCUCAGCUUCCCCCCUCCAGCCCAGUGCCACCGCCACCUACACCUCAUCUUCUCCACUAGGAACCAAGUCCGUCGACUGCAGCAAUGUGUCAACCGGCCUAGCUCCUGCCUGCUGGUUCACUCUAAACAUGACCACCUACCUCAACAAUUGGGUAACCACGAGUCCGUACGGCGGCGAAUUGGCAACCGGAGAGACGCCAGGAUCUACCAAUCCUUCACCAGCCACCAGUUCAGGUUCCGCGCAAGCGUCCGGCAAUCCCUUCGCCGACGACGUCACAACCGGCACCAACUCCUCCUCCUACUUCCGCAAGCGAAUCGUCGCCCGAACAGCGGCAGCCCCGGCUUCUGGGCAAUGCGAAGGCGGCAAGCCAUUCUCCACCUGCUUCCUCCUGCUGCAGCAAGGCUACGGUUCUGGCAAAUUCAACUGCUCCAAGAUCAACACCGGCGGAGCGAACGGGACGUGCCCGGCGCCUAGACCAGCCUAUUACGCAAACAACCCCCAGGCAUUCUACGCUGUGUGGAACUUCUACGCAAUAAACGCCUACAUCAGCACCUUCCACCGCGCCCUCCGCACCCUCGCCCUCUCUUCCCCCGCCGUCAUCUCCACCGCCGCCACCGAAGCCGCCCCAAAGAUCUCCUACUUCCAAUCCGCCAACCAAACCCUCUCCAUCGACGUCGCGCUGCUCGACCUCCUGGUCCGAUCGACCGGCGGCCACGAACUGCCAGGAGGGCAAAACACGCCUUUUCUGACCCUGCUGGAGGGAGAUCUGAGCAAAGUGACGUACGGAGAAGCGACGCCGCCGGCAACGCUUGCGCUGUUGAUGCAGGGGCGUUUGGAGCAGGUGUUGCGGGAGGUUAUGCGGGAUGAGAGGGUGUUUGUGAAGGUUGCGGGGAACGGGGCAUUUUCGACGAGGGGUUUGUUGAGUGUGGAGGGUUUGGUGAAGGUGCUGGGUGGGUGA